AUGGCAAACAGCGUAAUCCUUACGGUAGAUGUGCAAUCCGGUCAGCUUUUGUCGCUCGAACAGAGAGUUGCAAGGCUACAAACACAGCCUAUAAAUAUAAAAGUAAACAUUACCGGUAAUGCCUUGUCUAUGUCGGAAAAACAAAUCAAUGCGCUUGCAAGGCUUGCCUCAGCGCAGGUAAAGCAGGAUAACGCAAACGCAAAGCUGACCGUAUCGAGCAAUAAUCUUGCAAUUUCCCAAAACAAACUUGCCAUAGAGCAGGAAAGAACGGCGCAGUCAACAAACAGGGUUGCAUUGGAGCAGGAAAGGCAGGCAACGGCAGGAGCAAGAGCCGCAGCCAAAAAUGAGCAAUAUUCGGCAUCCUUGCGCAAAACAGGGCAACAAGCCGAAUUCGCAAAGACCGGGGUUGCAGGCUUUUUCUCGGCUUUGAAGCUGUCUUUGCCUUACUAUGCGGCGUAUGCGGCGAUGAGCAAAAUCGUGUCGGCGUUUUCCGAUGCUUUUGAAAUGAUGAAAAAAGUGGAUGACGAGCUUGUAGUUAUCCGCAAGGUUACGGGUAUGUCGGGCGAUGAACUUGAAAAAAUACAAAGCACGGCUUACGAGAAAGCAUCGCAAUACGGCACAUCGGCAGAUUCAUAUUUAGAGUCGGUUGCUCAAUUUUCACGAGCCGGAUAUAAAGCACAGGCGGAGGCACUUGCGGAGCUUGCCACAAAGACAAUGAUUGUCGGCGAUACCACGGCGGAGGUUGCAAAUCAGUUUUUGCUCUCGGUCGAUGCAGGUUAUAAAUAUAAAGGCUCUAUUGAGGCUCUUUCGGCUGUUUUGGACGGUGCAAACGAACUCGACAACAAAUAUGCAACGAGCAUUGAAAAAAUCGCCGAAGGUAUGGGAAUUGUCGCACCGGUCGCGGCACAGGCAAAUGUCGGGAUUGAUGAGCUUGCGGCGGCUAUUGGUACUAUUACCGCAGUAACGCAAAGAAGCGGAUCGGAGACCGCACGAGCGUUACGAGCGCUUUUCCUAAAUAUAAUAGGCGAUACAAAGACAGAGAUAGACGAGGGCGUAACUUGGACUACGGGCGAAAUUGCCGGACUGCGUGAUGUAAUAAACACUUAUGCGCCGGAAGCAGUUAAAGCGGCAGAGGCUACCGGCAGCAUUAUCGACCCUAUGGAAGCCGUUGCAGGACUUUCAAAGGCAAUGAAGGACGGUUUGCUGACGGAGCGGGAGCUUAUGGAAACCGUUUCCGACAUCGGCGGCAAACUGCGCACACCACAGUUGCUUGCCUUGAUACAGAAUUGGGAUAUGUACCAAUCAAUGUUGAAGGACUACGGCAACGCGAUAGGCUCGGCGGACAGGGAAGUUGCAAACGCCCUUGAUUCUUGGAGCAGAAAGACCGAAAUUCUCAAAAACAAGUGGACGGAUUUUCUGCAAAACUUUAUAAACUCCGGCACGGUAAAGGUCGCGCUUGACAUCAUAAUCGGACUUGUCGAAGUACUUGAUACCGAUUUCGGGCAUUUUAUAAUAACGGCAGGCUUGCUUGUUGCCGCAGGAAGCCUUUUAACAAAGGGCAUUACCGCGCUCGGAACAUCAAUCAAAAUAGCCGCCGUCAAUCUGGAAUUGGCAAGGCGUGGUACGGUUACUUGGACUGCGGAAGAGAUAGCGGCGGCAGCAUCGACAGUAACGCUUGGCGAAGCGGUAAAGGCUCUGACCGUUGCGAUGCUUUCAAAUCCUCUGUUUUGGGGCGCGGCGGCGGUCGGACUUAUUGCAGGAAUUGUCGCAAUAGUAGAUGCCUGCACGACCUCGCUUGAAGAGCAAAGGGAAAAAGUAGCCAAGUUGAACGCCGAAUAUGAACAGAUGUUCGGUGUAGGCUCGGAAUACGAUACCCUUAUAAAAAAAGAAGAAGAGCUGACUGCAAAAGAAAAAGCACGCCUUGAAAUCUUAAAAGGCAUAAGAGCCGAAAAAGAAGCAACGACAAAGAUAGAACUUGAUAAAGAGUUUGAACUUUUUCAAGAAAGAGUAAAUAGCACAAAUGUACGAAGCUCAAAAGAAAUGAUUAAGGUGGCAUCAAGAGGUCCGGUAGCAGGUGGCAAACGACUAUCCGAUACAGAACAAGCCGUAUAUGAUCUCUCAAAAGCGUUAAAGGAUAAUUCCGAAGCCUACUAUAAUGCGGAGAUAAGUGCAACCAAGUAUAAAAAUGCUAUUUCUUCGGCGGCAGAGAAACACGCGGAUUUUUACAACGAUCUGAUAAAGUAUCGGGAUGCAGGCUUUGAGCUUACAGAAUUACAAAAUCAGUUUAUAGCCGAAUACGAAGCAACGGCUCUUGCGGAUAUGCAAGAACGCUUAUCGCAUCUUUGGGCGAAGGAAAAAACGGCGUGGAACUCUACAACAGAUGUCAUAAAAGAUUAUAUCCGCAUAAUGGCUGCACUUGCCGAUCAGAAUGACAACAACAGAGGACGAACGAGCGUAGGCUGGGCGCAUAAAGCAUGGCAAGAGCAACAUUCUUAUAAAGCAUGGCAAGAGCAACAUUCUUAUUGGCUCGACUUGUUAGGUGACCUUGAAGAAGCAGAAAAAGCCGAGGAAGAAGCGGCAGAGGCAGAAAAAGCCGAGGAAGAAGCGGCAGAGGCAGAAAAAAAGACAAGCGGCACAGGCGGAAGCGGCACUGACCAAAAGCGAAAAGCACUUGAAGCCAUUGUCAAUCUGCGCAAAUCCGAGCUUAAAUAUUUGCAGGAAAGCGGAGCAUCGGAAAGUGAGCAAAUCGCAAAAUUGCGCGAGGUACAAGAUGCUUUGCACAAUGAAGCGGAAUAUUUGCGGACGACUCCCGAAUAUCUUGCAAAAAGCGCAGAGGCAUUAAAGGAUGUUGUUGACCUUUCGGCGGAAUGGUGGAGCGUUGACAAGCAAAUCGCCGACAUAAAUCAAAAGAUUAUUGACAAGCAAAACGAGCAAAUAAAACAGCAGCUUGAAUACGCAAAACAGGCAAGGGACGACCGUGUUUCCGCUUUGGAAAAAGAGCUUGAUGCGUUAGAUGCAGAGCUUUCGGGACUUAAAAAGAAAAAUGAGGAAGAAAAAAAGCAAAACGAACUGAUAGAAAAGCGAAUUGCUCUUGAAAAUGCCUUAAAUGAGCGAAAUGUCAGAGUUUUCAAUGCGCAGACGGGGCGGUUUGAAUGGGUUGCAAAUCAACAGACAGUUGAAAAAGCAAGAAAAGAUUAUUCAAAUGCGCUGACCGAAAUCGAGAUAAGUGCGAGCGAAGAAAGAAUAAAUGCAAGGAUUGCCGAUGUCAAAUUGCAAAUCGAAGAGGUCAAAAGGCAGUACGACCGGCUUGAAAAGCUGAUAAACAGUGCCGACAAUGAGCAAAAUCACGCAGCAGCUUCUACCGAAAUAAAGAAUUAUAUGAGUGGAAGCUCUUAUACCGGCAGUUACAAUGCGGACGGAACGAAAACGGUAAAAGUAAAUCCUGACGGGAAUGCGCCGAAAGGAUUGCUUGUGGGCGACAAGGUGAUAACAGGCGGCGGAACAUAUGAAAUAACGGGAUUUAAGCCCGGAGGCGGAUACGAAAGCCGGCUUUUAAGCGAGGCGCAAAGCAAUCCUACACAGAUAAGCACUACGCAAAACAAAAUAGGCACGCAAAACAACGGCAACAUAUACAAUGUAAGCGGUAUCAAGUUAAGCGAAGCGCAGGCGAAAUCCACAACGCUUUAUGAGCUUGCACAGCGGGCGGAAGGUCUCGGAAUAUACAAUAAUAAUUAA